GAGAGUGAGAGACAGCGAGAGAGCGACAGAGAGAGAGAGAGAGAGAGAGAGAGAGAGAGAGAGUGAGAAGAGGAAGAGAGUGUAUUUUUUCCAUCACUGCAGCAUCACGGCAGAAGGUGUGAACCACCCAUUGGACCAGAGACGCACUGAGAACGAGAGAGAGAGAGAGAGAGAGAGAGAGAGAGAGAGAGAGAGAGAGAGGUAGACAGACAGAUAGACAGACAUACAGAGAGAAAGGUGUGUCACUGUAGUGUAAGAGGAAGAGGACAAAACGGCUCGACCUCAUCGUUACCUGUAAAGAACGGUGUGAGCUGGACAAGACCUGCUGUGUGUGUUCACGUGUGUGUGUGUGUGUGUGUGUUUGUGUGUGUGUUUGUGUGCUCGUGUUAACUGUAUAUCUCUGUGUGUAUGAGUGUGUAUGUAUGUGUGUGUAUCUCUAUGGGACGGUGAACAAUGUCUCGCACACAGUGUCACUCAUCGGCCACUAGAGGGAAAUGCAGAGCGUCACAGCUGCUGUUUCUUCUUCUCUGGUUCGGGAAAACUUUGGGAUCCAUUCACAUCCCUAGCGUCUUGAAAGAGCCUCCGCUGAUCACACUACAGUCGCAGUCGUACACCGCCUUCUACACCGAUGACGUCUCUCUGAGGUGCGAAGCUAGCGGCAAACCCAAACCCACUUUUCGAUGGGUGAAAGAUGGCGCACUGAUCAAGGAGGAAAGGAACGGGUCGGGAAAUUUUACAGCCGACCCAAACAAAGAACUGAAAUUUUACCAGGGGACGUAUCGCUGCUACGCGUCAAACGAGCUCGGGACGGCUGAAUCGGGCCUGAUAGAAGUCAUCACUGAGCCCAUUCCAGUCUCAGUAAAGGACAAGAGGGUGGUGAAGAGGGUGAACGUCAACGAGGGUGAAAGUGUGGAGCUACAAUGUAACAUUCCAAACAGCACAGUGAAAGCUAACAUCCACUGGAUGGACAAGAAAUUGAUGCAUAUUAGGCAAAGUGAACGCGUCACUAUUGGCCUGAAUGGUAAUCUCUACUUCGCCAAUGUGCUGAUCAGCAACACCAGAGACGAUUACACCUGCUACACCCAGUACGUCGAAGCCAGAACCAUUUUAUCCACAGAUCCAGUUUUUCUCCAUGUUAUUCCCUCCAAUGAGGUGGUGAACAGACAUCCCGGUCUCCACCAACCCAAGGGCGCACACACCAAUUAUUUUGCCCUCCGAGGCCAGACUCUCAUCCUGGAGUGUAUUCCAUACGGGCUGCCAACUCCCUCUAUCAAGUGGGAAAGGAAAGACGCUUCGUUUUCCUCCACUAAAGCAGCUGAGGAGCGCUUCGGCCGGUGGCUGGAGUUCACUUCAAUCUCGGAGAGUGAUGAUGGAGAGUACACCUGCACGGCCUCGAAUAUAAUGGGACAAGCAAAACACUCGUACACGGUCACCGUGGAGGCUGCUCCUUAUUGGACGAAGCAGCCUAAGAGCUCCCUAUACUCACCGAGCGAGACGGUCAGACUGGACUGUCAUGCUGACGGCAUUCCUACACCACACAUUGUAUGGAAGAUUAAUGGAGUGCCCAUCUCUGAAACGAGUCCUGACACCAGGCGCACUGUAAAAGGCGGGACUUUAAUCCUGAUUGACGUUCAGUUAUCUGACACGGCUGUCUAUCAGUGUGAGGCCUCCAAUAAACACGGCACGGCCAUCCUGAACACCUACAUCCACGUCGUCGAACUGCCCCCUCAGAUUCUGACUGAUGACAGAAGAGUGUAUAAGUUGAUGGAGGGAUCCAUGGCAUCUCUGUACUGCAGUUCUUUCGGUUCUCCACGACCCCAAAUCAGCUGGGAGAGUGAAGAGUUCGGUUCGGUUCUGUCCAACCCGAGGAUGUCACAGAUGACCAACGGCACGUUACACAUCACCAACGUGAGCUACGAUGAUGCAGGAACAUACCUGUGUUCAAUCAAAAACACUAACAUAUCCAUUACUGCACUGCUGGUGGUGCUGAACAGGACUCGGAUCGUGUCCCCUCUUCAUGACCUCCGGGUAAAACAUGGAAAUUCGUUGGUUUGGCCGUGCAGGUACGAAGUGGACAAUCGGUUCUCUAAGCCCUUAGUCCAGUGGAGGAAAAAAGGACAAAAAAUCACAACAUUAUCUCCAGACGACAAAUACACAGUUUUUGAAAAUGGAUCACUGUGGAUCACUGACAUCACCCUUGAAGAUGCUGGACCCUACAGCUGUGAGGUCAUCACCCACUUGGACAGUGAUAUGACCACUGGAUCACUGACUGUGAUCGAUAAGCCUGAACGUCCUCACUCACUGAAGCUGGAUGAGAAGGCGAAUCGCAGCGUCACUCUGACCUGGAGCCCCGGAGACGACAACAACAGCCCUGUGUUCGAGUUUGUGAUUGAGAUGCUAGAAGAACUGCCCUUAGAAGCAGCGAUGUGGAAGGAGCUGAAGCGGGUUCCUGCUGAAAUCCAUCACCUGGAGAUUUCUCUACUUCCCUUCUGCACGUACCACUUCAAAGUGGCGGCGGUCAAUGAGAUCGGUCAGAGUGGCUUCAGCAAGCCGUCUGAGUCGUACACCACACCUCCUGCAGCACCCGACAUGAACCCGGAGAAAGUGAGGAGUGAAUCUACUGAUCCAGAAACUAUGACCAUCACAUGGGAGGAGCUGGAGCCCAGGCACUUUAACGGCAAAGAUUUUGGGUAUAAAGUGUCAUGGCGUGAUGCAACUGGCCCUGAGAAGCCUUGGCAGUCUGCGACUGUUUCUCACCCUCCGUUUAUAGUCAACAAUACAGAUACCUUCGUGCCCUUUGAGAUCAAAGUGCAGGCGGUGAAUAGCAUCGGCGAAGGACCGAGUCCAGAGGCUGCCAUCGGCUACUCGGGAGAAGACAUCCCCGUGGAGGCACCGGAUGACAUAGAAGUGACUCUGGUUAACGCUACAACCGCGUCGGUAAAGUGGAAUCCGAUCAGUAGAGAGUCUGUGCGUGGACAUCUUCUUGGCUACAUGAUCUACCUGAGGAGGCUGGGUUCCAGAGGAGACAGUGGGAAAAAGAAGCGAGCGCUAGCUACGGUGAAAGAGAUGGUGCGAGACAUGGAGCAUGUGACGGAGCGUGAGGACGAAAGUCAAGUGAUCAUCGUUGAAGGAAAAGAGGAGGCGACCGUGAGUGGUCUGGACUUCUACUCUGAUUAUGAGCUGUCAAUCGCAGCCUUCAACAGCAAGGGAGAGGGGCCUCUGUCUCCUCCCACCCACUUCGAGACAGCUGAGGGAGCUCCAGGCCGGGCUUCACACUUGACAUUUGAGAGUCCGUCGGAGAGCGAGCUGAAGCUCUUCUGGAAAAAACCUCACAAAACUAACGGGAUCCUGAAAGGAUACAUCAUAACACACCAAGAGUCUAUGAAGAACGGUUCCAGCACGAUACAGAGCACGACAAUUGAUCCAACAGUGACGCAGUACACAGUGGACAAACUGGACUCGAAAAAUUACUACAUUUUCUCCCUGAGAGCUUUUACUGCUGCUGGAGAAGGAGAACCCAUCCACGUUAAUGCCACCACCUUACUCGACGGAGUUCCACCAACUUCUGUCAACGCGACCGUUGGAGAAACGUCUGUGAAUCUGAGCUGGGUUCCAGGAGAACGGCACCGAAACACCGGCUUUACAGUUCACUACCUGAGGAACGGGGAUCAGUGGGAGGAAUCAGAGCAGGUGAAUUUGACGCAGGCCUUUUAUCAGCUGCAGGGACUGAAAGCAGGAACAAAAUACCGCCUGGAAAUUCGCCACAACAACCUCACAUACUGGACAUUUGAUAUGAAGACUACAGGACCAGAGGUAACAGGAGUGAAGAACGGCUUCGCCACUCAGGGCUGGUUCAUCGGCCUCAUCAGCGCCGUGGUGCUGCUGCUGCUCCUCCUGCUCAUCCUCUGCUUCGUCAAAAAGAGCAAAGGAGGAAAAUAUUCAGUGAAGGAUAAAGAGGAAGGACAGAUCGACUCUGAUGCGAAACCCAUGAAGGAUGACGCGUUUGGAGAGUACAGAUCCCUUGAGAGCAGCGACAAUGACGAGAAGCGUUCUUUCAGCCAGCGCUCGCUGUGUCCCGAUCUGAAACGCGCGAGUGAUGACAGUCUGGUGGAAUACGGAGACAGCGUGGACAUCCAGUUCAACGAGGACGGCUCGUUCAUCGGGCAGUACAGCGGCCGCAGAGACACGCAACCGUACCCGCACGGAGAGCACGAGAGCUCAGGGAUCCCGUCCCCAACCAACCCCGGCAUGGAGCCUCCACGCAGCGGCAACCUCUCCACCUCCAUCACUGGCGUCUUCGGGGGGAACUGAGACACGACCGGACGACUCUGCCGUAUCACGAGAGAGACUGAGCUGGAGAGAUCAACCUGUCCUAGCACUGGCUUUCAUUCAUAAGUAAACAAAGAUCAUUUAUUCUCUGACUAGCAAGUUUAAUUUUAAAAAAUAAAUAAAAUAAAAAAAGACAUACGGGGACCGAAAAAUAUUUCAUCACUGCCGAUAACGUUAACAGUUUUUAAAGCACACAUACGCUCAUACAAUUACAUACACACACACACACACAGACAUAUUAGUCUAAAGGCCUGGAUAGACUUUUCUCCCCAAAUCCAACAGUGACAUCACUGAACUCCAGAACAACCUCUCAUCUUACGACACAAAAUGGCCGCCCAAGCUAUCAACUCACAGAUUGCAACUUCAGCGUAUUGGGCAUCAAUCUGAAGUGACUUCUAAUGGCUCCGCCCCCUUUCUGCUACGUAGCACCGGUCACAUAUCUCCAAGGAGGAAACGUGUCUAGUGGUUAGUCUCACCACGGACAUCAGAUACACACUAAAAUCUUGAUUUAUGAAAGAUUCGCAUGGACGCUUCAUAACACCAGAAAUGAAAAGAUUGCGCUGAUUAAUGGAGAAGGAUCGCAUCUGUGAUAUGAGAAAAAAAAAUUCCAUGUCUGCCUUAAUGAAUAUGUAAUUUGGUGUGUUUCUUCUCUGUGUGUUUGAGCACAGGCAUAACUUUACUUUACAACACACACAUGCAAUAUACUGUACAGCUUUUGCACCAGUAUUCAACCAUUGUGAAACAGUCUACUUGACUUUAACGCUACUUAAGGCUUAGUUGAAAUACUACAACUCUGAACAUCUUGAACACGUCGUGGCUAAUUGACCCGAUCGCACGCACAAUUUAGUACGCGUUUUUUGCGGUAUUAGUAAAUCAGGGCCGAAAAGUACACGAAAUACAUGAUUUGUGACAAACCGAAGAGAAAUAAGGAAGUCGUUACCUCAGGAAAACUGGAACCGUGACUAGAAAACAAGGAAAAAACAAACAAACAAACAAACGGAAAAAAAAACAAGUGUAUAACAAUAAAGAAAAAUUAAAUUCACAAUCUUUAUUUUGCUUCUCUAAAACAUAACGCACUACAAAAUUUACAGUAUGUAGUUAAUUAACUAACUUGUUCUAAGCCAAAGUCCCGAAUUAAACGCAGGUGAUGCUGAAAUGUUACGCUUGUGUGAAGAAAUCAUCGUCUCCUUGGCGAUACGACUGUGAACAUGUUGCGUGAAGUAGAUUAACUUAGGUUUAUUUUAAAAUACACUCCUCCGCUCAUUCGACAAGUGGCCAGACAGUCGUGUGACGUAGGUGUUGCGCAAUUCCAAACGGGGAUAAUGUGAAUAUUAACGAAGGGGGCGUGGUCAGGGCGGAGCUGUGGCGUGAGUGAGGAAGGUCGGUACAACACACAGAGCCGAAUUGAAUUAUUGCGGUGUGAAAUUUGGUCAGAUUCGUCUUUCCAGGCCUUCAGAAAAGACACGACGAAUAGAAAACAUUCCAGAUCAGUGUUUACAGGACAAACGCGUGACAUUUAUUCUUCCCGUUCUAGCCUGUGUGUGCUUUCCAACAUCUGCUCCUGUAACGUUUCCCAUCGAUCCCCAUCAACCCCCUGUUAAACCCUCAAUAAUGCAAAACGUGUUGUAAUACUUUCAUACUAAUACGCCGUACUAACUAAACUACAAAAUGUAAUGUUGUAAUGGUUUGGGUUUUUUUUUUUUUUCUCCCCCAAAAUGGCUGAUGUUACAGUAACAUUAUAUUAGCAUGCUGAUACAGAGUGUAAUAGUGAAAUUAAACACACACACACACACACACACACACACACACACACACACAGGUUCAUUUGUUCAUAAGGAACGUUACAAAUCAGAAAUGGCGUUAUUUGUUUUAUUACGUCUCGUCAUCUCAUCAUAUUUAUGAAUAAUCCAGAAUUCACCCAGAAAUCAGAGUCAGGGACUUAAAAGAAACAAGAGUGGUAAUGAUGAUGACUUAUAUGUCUUAGGGAUUUCAAAAAAAAAAAAAAAAUUAUAUACUGCAUUUUUUUUCCCCCCAUCACAAUAAUCAUAUCCAUCUUACAUAAGCGGUUGUGUGUUUAUUUUGCACUAUAUCUUUCUGUAUUUUAUUUAUUUAUUUAUUUAUUUGGUCAAAUGCAUUUUAAUUUCCUAUAUUUUGGUCAUGACCCCCCCCCCAUAAUUUCCUAUACAUUUUUAUUUUAAUCUAUACAUUAAUGCAUAGUUAUUUCAUUAAGACAGUUUGUGUAAAAUAUCAUACUGUACUAUAGCAGCAUAUGUAUCUUAUAUGCCUUAGGGAUUUAAAAUAUAUAUAUAUAUACAUAUUUAAUUUUUUUUUUUUUUUGGUCACAUCAGUCUUUCAUAAGCAGACAUUUUACUUUUUUUUGGUAAAAAUACAUUUGCUAUACAUUUUAAUUUGAUGAAUUUUUUUAGUAUUAUUAUUUUAAUUUACAACAUUUAUGGACAAUUAUUCAGUCAUGUUUAAUUAUAAUAAUAUAAUAAUGAUACCAUACUGUACUAUAGCAGCAUAUCUAUCUUCUAUGCCUACAUGUACGGUGUGUACUCGUCUGACUCCUUUAUUAAUCUCCAUAUCUUACUUUUGAACAAUUCAGGAAUCAUAUAUCUGUAUCAUUACCGGUGUAUUGUCAUCCGCAGGGUGUUCAGUAGUGUAUUUGUUGCUACUCGCUAUAAGGUCAAACAUCCCCAGCCAAAAUCUCUGCUUUUUAAAAAAAAAAAAAAAAAAGACUUUUUUUCAUUUCUGUGAACCAAUACUGAGCUCUAUUAGCCGCAGAUGCUAAGCGCAUGAAUCUCGACAAUGAUAUGGCGAAUCUGUCUGUAAGGCUGUGCCUGUUUGUUUCCCCUCUUAAUGCUGAAAUUUGAAUAUGAUGCCUUACAGAGCUAUGGCUCUUUUUUUGGUCCUCUAUUUUCUAUUUCCAUCUGUCUUUUUAGUAUCUGUCCAUCUGAGAUAACGCCAAGCAUGAGUCACUAAGAGAUAGUAGUUUAGCUGGGCAUGUGCCGAGAAUCGGUUGUGCGAUAGAUCGUGAUGUGGUUAUCGUAGACUUUUUUAAAAAAAUGACCGUCAUGAGUUCCGUUCGGGAGGAAAACGUUGGCGCGGGUGGAGAUAAAGUCAGUCGCGUUCAGUGGAGAGAAUGAGAAGCAUUCUGUCUCAGCAUUGUUAGCUUUUCAGCGUUCUGUUUUAAACCGGAUAAGAUGCUAAAACGUGGAUUUGCUAACUGCUAGCUAUCAUGGAGAUGGAAAUUUGAAGGAAUGACCCAUCUAAAUGUGGACAACAUGGCAGACUGGAUCGUUUCCCUGACUGAGGAAUUGUUUACAUAGCUUUCUGAUAGCUAACAUCUCCUUUAUGGUUCUUAUAAACUGUCAUAUUUGUGUUUGUUUAUUGCCGGAAAUGAUUCCAGUGGUUACAAUUAGCUAGCUAACAUACUGUAUCACUAGCUCAAAGGCGUCAUACUGACCUUGACUAUGUUUUGACACCAAUAGUCAUAUUUGUGUGUGUCAAUCACUACAAAUCAUGUUUUAGCCAUCUAACAUAGCACAUCCUGUCAGGAAGUUCGUAGCACUUGCUAGCUAGCAUUAGUUAGUUGGCUAGCUAGUGAUUAAAGCAUAGAUUUGAUGCUGAUGGUCAUAUUUGUGUGUCAAUUGUUGUGCAAAAUCUAUUUUUACGGUCACAUUUACCUGACAGAACUUGCUAGCUAGCGUUAUCUAGCUAGUCAGUUGUGUUAGCCAGCAUGUUUAUUGCUACAAAAGCUAAGGGUUAGGGUUGAAAAAAAAGCUGAGCGGUUUGUAUCCGAGCUGAGGAGCGAGUGAUUGUUUUACACACUCUUUCCUUUACGGUUCGUAUCAACAGUCGUAGCUGCAUUUGUUGGUUGACAGAAAGUGUUCCAACAGUUACACUUAGCUAGCCAAAGCUAAUGCAACCUCACAGACAGCUUAUAUAAUGUGCUAGGUAGCAUUUUUAUUAGCUGGCUCACUGGUUAUUGAAGCAAAAUUUUACUAUGACCAUAUUUGUGUGCGUCAAUCACCGUAAGUUUUUUAUAGUUACAUUUAGCUAGCUCAACCUGACAGAACUUGCUCGUCAGUUAUGUUACCCAGCUUGUUGGAUUUUUUUUUUUUUACUUUUUGUGUGUCAGCUAGCUAGUUAUUAAAGCAAAGAAAUUGACACAAACAGUCAUAUACUUGUGUGUCAAUUGCCACAAGUUGUAUUUAUGUUUACAUUUAGCUAGCUAAAUUAGCCCAACCUGACGGAACUUGAUAGCGAGUGUUAUUUAGCUAUUCGGUUAUGUUACACAGCUUGCUUUUGGCUACGACAGCUGAGCAAUUAGAGCAGUGAAAUGCCACGUCACGAUAAUAUCGUAAACUGUGAUAGUUAGUCGAUUACAUCGGCACAUGCAGAGCUGUAAAGCCUCCCUUUUAAUUUGUUUUCUUGCUAGUAUUUAGUGAAUUUAUUAGAUGAGUUGCUGAGCAGGCAGCCAGAAAGAAUCAGCGAGGCUUUCUGAAUGUAAAUAAACGUAAAAGAUUGUCAUUUAGCAUUUCGCUUCCAUUCUUUUCUUUUUUUUUUUUCUCUCUCCGCGAAAGGAUGUUUUUAUAUAAACGUGCACUGUUUUUAUUUCGCCAUUUCGCAGGUUUGAUAAUACAUUUAGAAGAGUAGGAAAUGGGAAUGCAGCCUUCUGUCUUUUGUUUAUUUUUUAUUAAUUAAGAAAUGAAUCACGAAGCUUCGCUACUGUUUCUGUACAUUGUAAUAAAGAGUGUAAUGAAGUGAAGUGAAGGAACUCUUCCUGUAGAGGGGCGCUCUCAGGGCUGUUAGUUUACUCACAUCUUUUUGUAACAAUGAGCAAAAGCGCUGCAUAAAAGUGUUUCCAUCCACCUGUUUUAAUGCUAAUUGUGGAUUUGCGCAUGAAUAAAAACAGAAUUUCAAAAACACAACUUAA